GUUUGGGACUUGCUUGAUGGCCUUGAGAUUACUGGUAUUGUGUUUGACAGUGGAGUUAAGUUAGUUCGGUUCGUUUCGGACUGGAAGGCAGAUAUAAUUGGAUGCAACAACAACCGCUUUUUUAUCUGGGAUUGGCAGAACAAUGAUGUAAAGUUGGUCACCUUACCAUCAUCAUUCACCACAAUUGCCGAAAUAGCAUGCGAUGGGAACAUGAUUUACACAUGCUGCGAAAAUAUGGAAGUUUGUCAAAUCGAUCUGGGUUCGUUAAAAGUAUCGACUAUUCAUCAAGGGCCCUAUCCAAAUUGUAGACCCGUGGUUGUAUUGCCGGACGGCAAAGCUACGUUGCAUGGCAUACUUCCAGAGAGUUCGUUUAUUUAUUGGGAACAUUCAACUGACGGUGAGAUCACAUGUAAUGCAG